AUGAGGUUGGAGCGUGGGUGGCGGGCUUCGCUCGCGCUCACGCUCAACGUGGUGGCGUUCUCCUUCGCCGUACUGGCCGUGACCACCAGCUACUGGUGCGAGGGCACCCGGAAGGUGGUGAAGCCUUUCUGCACGGGCCCGCCGCUGAAGGUCAAGCAGUGGUUCUGCAUCCGCUUCAACAGCUCCAACCUCAACGACAGCCGGCUGGUGCAGUACAUCUGGGAGACGGGCGAGGAGAAGUUCCUCAUGAGGAGGUUCCACACCGGCAUCUUCUUCUCCUGCGAGCAAGCCGCUGACAUGAACGGGUUCGACUGCAGGGACUUCUCAGAAAUCGCUCCUGCACACGAACGAGGGGUCCUCUGGCUGUGCAUCGUGGCGGAGAGCUUCUACCUGGCCCUGCUGUUUGCCGGGGGGGCCCUCAUGACCCUGGAGCAGUGCCCCUGCUUCAGCGUCAUGAACAAGCUCAAGCUCAACGCCUUCGCCGCCAUGUGCACCGCGCUGUCCGGGCUCUGUGGGAUGGUGGCACACAUGAUGUUCACCACCAUCUUCCAGCUGGCCGUGGCCAUGGGGCCAGAGGACUGGAGACCCAAGUCCUGGGACUACAGCUGGUCCUAUGCCCUCGCGUGGAGCUCCUUUGGCACCUGCAUGGGCUCGGCUGUGACGGCGCUGAACCGCUACACGAAAACCAUCGUGGAGUUCAAGUACAAGCGGCGGAACAUCGAGAAGAGCCUGCACAUCAAGCAGAAGCUCCUGGACCUGGAGCUCCCGGACAACAUGUGGGACGUGUAUCUGACGCCCGGGCCGCCGGGCCAGCCGGGAGCGGAGACCGCGCCGCCCGUCAACGGACACAAGCCCGCCAGUGGGAAGGGCGUGGCAGCAGACGGAGCCGCCAUGGCCGACCGACAAGGAGAGGAGUACUGUUAAGAACAGAAGGGAACGAGGCAACCACACAAACUGGAUCUGAUGUUAAGGGCAAACACGCCGAAGG